AUGUCUGGACGUGGCAAGGGAGGAAAGGGACUCGGCAAAGGAGGAGCCAAGCGCCAUCGCAAAGUGCUCCGCGACAACAUCCAGGGCAUCACCAAGCCGGCCAUCCGUCGUUUGGCGCGUCGUGGAGGUGUCAAGCGCAUUUCUGGACUUAUCUACGAGGAGACUCGUGGUGUUCUGAAGGUGUUCCUCGAGAACGUGAUCCGUGACGCCGUCACCUACUGUGAGCACGCCAAGCGCAAGACGGUCACCGCCAUGGACGUCGUCUACGCCCUGAAGCGCCAGGGCAAGACCCUCUACGGAUUCGGCGGC